AUACCUCUGUUCCGUUCCUUGGAUUACUCUGUUUCUUUUCAGUUAUGGAUUCUGGAGUCGUUCAAAGUCGUGUGCACGAGUCCGAUGAACAUCAUCCUCACAACGUUGGAAUGAAACAAGGGAACCAUUAUGGGGCGGACGAACACCACCAUGACCAUGAGAAGAAGUCGGUUCUGAAGAAGGUGAAAGCGAAGGCUAAGAAAAUUAAGGACACGAUCAAGAAGCAUGCACAUCAUGACCAUGAUCACGAUCACGAUCACGAUCACGAGCAUCGCGAUAUCCCGGAUGAUCAUGAUCUCGAGGAGGAAGAUGAUGAAGAUGAAGACAUGGCUGAAAAUAAUCCUGAAGUUCAUGGAGCCCCAAUUUACGAUAGUACAGUCCCUAAAACUGUGAUUACCGGCGAACAAGUUCAUCAUCAAGAUCCAAAGGUUGUAGUUGUUUCGCCGGGUAUGGGAACCGAUCAAACAGUGGCAAAUGAUUCAGCAACAAGAACAUUUGCUGGAGAAGAAGGGAACGCAGGACGGCGAAAGGUCAAUUUGCAGAGACCUAUUGACUUGGAGGAAGAUCCUGCCGCUCCUGGAACAACACGUCAGCCUCAUACAUCUUCCAAUUAUCAAAGCAAAGUCACUGAUCCAACUGGGGCAGGUGGUGCAGAAAUACAAGUUACCCCAGUUCUGAAAUCUUUUGCCGAAAUGAAUGUCCAUGACGGGACAAAACCCCAUGCUCGUUCUACUGCAACUCAAAAUGCUUCUGGCACUCCUAUAAUGCAUGAAGAACAGAAACACUACGAAUCAGUGGGCAAACCAGCAAACCAGAGCGGCUAUACGGCAACUCAAUAUCCUUCUGGUGCUCCUAUAAUGCGAGCAGAACAGAAACAAUACGAAUCGUUGGACGAACCAACGAACCAGAGCAGCUAUGCGGCAACUCAAUAUUCUUCUGGUGCUGCUCCUAUAAUGCAUGAAGAACAUAAACAUUAUGAAUCGCUGGAGAAACCAUCGAACCAGAGCAGCUACACUCCAACUCAAUAUCCUUCUGGAACUUCUGAAAUGCAUGUAGAUCAGAAACGCUAUGAAACACUGGACCAACCAUUGAAUCAGAGCAGCUAUACCGCAACUCAAUAUGGUUCUGGUACUCCUUUAAUGCAUGAAGAGCACAAACACCAUGAAUCAGUGGGCAAACCAUCAAGUCAGAGCAGCUAUACUUCAUCUCAAUAUCCUUCUGGAACUUCUGAAAUGCAUGUGGAUCAGAAACGCUAUGAAUCACUGGACCAACCAUCGAAUCAGAACAGCAAUACCGCAACCCAAUAUCCUUCUGGUACUCCUCUAAUGCAUGGAAAGCACGAACACUAUGAAUCAGUGGGCAAACCAUCGAGCCAGAGCAGCUAUACUGCAUCUCAAUAUCCUUCUGGCACUUCUGAAAUGCAUGUAGAUCAGAAACGCUAUGAAUCACUGGACCAACCAUCGAAUCAGAGCAGCAAUACCGCAACUCAAUAUCCUUCUGGUACUCCUCUAAUGCAUGGAGAGCACAAAUACCAUGAAUCAGUGAGCAAACCAUCGAGCCAGAGCAGCAAUACUGCAUCUCAAUAUCCUUCUGGCACUUCUGAAAUGCAUGUAGAUCAGGAACGCUCUGAAUCAGGGGAGAAACCAUCGAACCAGAGCAGCUAUACCGACAAGAUCUCAUCUGCUACCUCUGCAAUUGCUGAUAAAGCUGUCGCUGCUAAAAACGCCGUCGCUUCCACGCUCGGCUACGAUGACAACAAAGAUAACAGAGACCAUGAGAACGAAUCGAGGAGUGGAGAGAAUCAAAGCAGCUACACAGACAAAAUCUCAUAUGCAACAUCUGCUAUGGCUGAUAAAGCUGCUGCUGCUAAAAAUGCUGUGACUUCGAAGCUCGGCUAUGAUGACAACAACAAAGUUGACAGAGAUAACGAGAAGGAAACGAGGCAUGGAGAGAAUCAGAGUAGUUACACAGCGAAAAUAUCAUCUGCGACAUCUGCAAUAGCUGAUAAAGCUGUUUCUGCUAAAAAUGCCUUGACUUCGAAGCUCGGCUAUGAUGAUAAGAAGGUUGACAGAGAUAAUGAGAAGGAAACGAGGCAUGGGGAGAAUCAAAGUAGUUACACGGAGAAAAUAUCAUCUGCAACAUCUGCAAUAGCCGAUAAAGCUGUUUCUGCCAAAAAUGCUGUGACCUCCAAGCUAGGUUACGGCAGUGGUGUUGGUGACAAUGCGAAAACAACUCAUGAAGAUUAUCAUAAAACUGAGGAUGCUAAUGCUUCAGGCGUGUCGGGGGCAUCAACAGCGGAAUAUGGGAAGAAAAUUACAGAGUCCCUGACCGAGAAACUGUCUCCAGUUUAUGGCAAAGUUGCUGGAGUAGGGAGUGCAGUGAAGUCCAAAUUGUCACCUUCUACAAAUGAGGGAGACAAAGGGGUCUCUGUGAAGGAAUAUUUUGCAGAGAAGCUAAGGCCAGGGGAUGAAGACAGGGCUCUUUCUGAGGUGAUUUCAGAGGCUUUAAACAAGCGUGGAGGAGAGGCAGCAACGAAGGAGCAUGGCGAUCAAGGGGGGAGGAGAAUGACUGAUGUGAUUUCUGAUGUUAUACAUGAGAGGGAUGAAGGGGUAGCUGAAGCAGAGCAUCGACCUCUGGGGAAAGUGACAGAGUCUGAUGAAGUGAAGAGAAGGUUGGGGAGCGGGGAUGAUAGUGAAAGAAGGUAUCAGGAGAGUUAUGAGAACAGCUCUGGCAAAGGCGUGGUUGAUAAGCUGAAAGAUGCGGCUGGGUCCUGGUUUGGCAAAUCACAAGAGAAUCAAUCAUCACAAGAUACAGGGAGAGUUGAGAAAAGUGAGAGAAGGCUUCAGGAAUCAUCCAACUGAAGAAAUAUUGAUUCAAUACGUUCUCUCAGAGAAGCUUCUCCAUCCACCAAGGACCUUCAUACACAUAUAUAUAGUCUGCGUAACAUAUAUAUAGUCUGCACAUGCCUGUACACUUGGUUGAUGUAAUAGUUUGUUUCCUGCUUUCCUACUCUAGGAGCUUUAUAAAUAUCUAUAAGAUCAUGUAUAAUUAAGAACCUCUUUCUUUUCUCUUCUGUUUGUGGAUAUAUAUGUGUAUCUCUGGGUGUUAAAUAGCAGGAUGUCAUUUUCCUUUUCUUAUGUAUCUCAGAUUAGUUAGUACUGUGGUUUGUGCAA